AUGCCGGUGACAUUCUCCCCAGCGAGUCAUCCUCUCAAGGCCUUUGAACCCGAAUACUUGUCCUGGCAUUCUAGAAAGGCUGAUGGUGGUAUAUCUCCCCGAAUCAUCCUGAAGGACGCAUGCUACAAUCAAUACAGGCAAUCUGACGAAAUCCUCCAAUCUUCAUUCGACAAUCUUCAUGAAGACUCAAAAACAGAUGACAUACACAUCAUACCGCAAAGCAAUGGCUUCGUUAACACCGUCACCGAGGCUUAUAAUAACCACCGUGCUUUGGUUAUACGCCCUGACGACGUAUGGUUGGCAAUCCUGACCCAGUUUAGCUCCUUCCUAAAUGCCAAUGCAGAGAAUAUACGUUCUCAAUUUGUGCGCCAUAAAGGACAGAAGGAACUCACCAUUACAGCCGACCGUAGAAAGGUCGACUAUGGGCACGUAGCAAACCAGAUGACGAAGGAAAUCGAGAAAAACGUGGUAGACCCCCAUCUCCGUGCUUGGAUUUUGCCGGAUUUUAGCACUACCACCGCAAACGAUACGACAGUAUGCUCCAUUGUCAUGAUGGCGGCAAUGAAAGAGUAUUUCUCUUACAAAAUUCAUCUCUUAUGCGGGAUUCCGCGGGUCACUCUCGACGGGGAAAAGGAUGACUGGGAGAAAAUCUUUGCGAGGUUAGAGAAGCUCAAAGAGUACGGUUUACCAACGAUUGCAUGGUACCAUCUGCUUUUCCCAAUUAUCGAUCGCUUUGUGAGAUCAUUUGAUGAACCAGAGAAUGAACAGAAUCUCGAUUUCUGGCAGAAAGUGGCCCAUUACGAAGGUGGUGGAAGUGGGCCGAGCUACUUGGGAGGUUGGAUCACAGCGUUCUGUGUCUUUGAUGAUAAAGGAAAGUGGCUGGGACAUCCUUUUACAGAGAAUGCGACAGAGUCUCCAAACGCACGGUCACUAUCGAGCACGGAUUUUUUUUCAAAAUAUAUCGAUAUUGCUCCUGUAACGCUUUCAGAAGAGGAAGGGGGAGAAGAGGAUGAGAUUGAAGGUGACAGUCAAUCUGAAAAAAACCAUCUACAGCUCGACGGGGUAUAUUAUCAUCAAAUAGAUACCCAGGACGUACCCUCAGGUUACUCGGAAGUCGAUGUCCUCUUAGAAGACGACGACACAGAGUACAGAUGCAUGAUGGUUGCUGGCCACGUGGGGACGCGCAUUCUCCAGAGCGUUGAUGGAGGCAUGAAGGAUACAGUCAAGCCCGUUGCGGGAUGGUGGAUGCUCACCAAACUACCAGAGGGAAAAUUCAAAGAUGAUCGUCCCGAAACGGGUGUUUCGGUGGGUGAAGGAGAACCUAGGGAUUCUGCGAUGGAAGCGACAGUAGCCGAGCAACAAGAAGAUAAGUUGGAAGAAAAUCAGGACAUGAAGGAAAGUGUGGCGUGGUGCAAAUGCAUCGUUGUAUAA